AUGAAAUUACUCAAGAAGAAGAGUAAACAAAAGAAGGUUGUACCAGGACAUAAAGUCAAGUAUGUUCUUGACUGUACUGGGCCUGCAAACGACAAUAUUAUCAACACCGCCGGACUUGAAAAGUUUCUUCAUGAUAGGAUAAAGGUAGAUGGAAAGACAGGAAAUUUAGGAACAAAAGUACUAGUAACAAGGGAAAAGAACAAGAUCCACCUAACAACCGAAGUUCCAUUCUCCAAAAGAUACAUCAAAUAUCUGACGAAGAAGUAUUUGAAGAAACAACAACUACGUGACUUUUUGAGGGUCGUGGCGAAUAAGGAACACUCAUAUGAACUAAGAUACUUCCAACUAAACGAGGAACCAGAGACAUAA